UACUCCUGCGGACUGGCGGCGGAGGUGGUGAUGAUGUCUCGGUGGUACAGGAACGUGGUCUUCCACCUCAAGCGAGCUUGGUACGCCGUCUCCUGCUGCCUAAGGUCCCCGCGGCAAGGUAGAGGGAUACUUGAGCUCCAUGAUGAAGUGCAGACGUGUGAAUACGAAGAUGUGCAAGUCAUGUGGGACAUGCUGACCAAACCUGUGAUGGAGACGGAGACGGAGACGGAGACGGUGGCGAAUCAAGCAGAGGAACCGAUCAUGUCGGAGGCUGUCGUCGUGAAAAAAGCAGAGGAACUUCUGGAAACCACCAAAGAGAAAUUAGAGAAAGCUUUAGAUUAGUAUUAGCU